AGCGGGAGCCGGAGGCCCCGGACUCUCUGGGCCGCGCCUGAGGCGGACGAGACGGGGCCGGGGGGCGGCGGCGGCAGCGGCGGCGGGGGUGGGUGCCGCAGCUGGCCCGGGUGGAUGGAGUUGGAGGGGCGGGGUGCCGGCGGUGUGGCGGGGGCGCCGGCAGCUGGGCCGGGGCGGAGCCCCGGGGAGUCGGCGCUGCUGGACGGGUGGCUGCAGAGGGGCGUGGGCCGGGGGGCCGGCGGCGGGGAGGCCGGGGCCUGCAGGCCCCCAGUACGGCAGGAUCCAGACUCCGACCCCGACUACGAGGCGCUGCCUGCUGGAGCCACUGUCACCACGCACAUGGUGGCGGGCGCCGUGGCAGGGAUCCUGGAGCACUGCGUGAUGUACCCCAUCGACUGCGUCAAGACCCGGAUGCAGAGCCUACAGCCUGACCCAGCCGCUCGCUAUCGCAAUGUGUUGGAGGCCCUCUGGAGGAUUAUAAGAACGGAGGGCCUGUGGAGGCCCAUGCGGGGGCUGAAUGUCACAGCGACAGGCGCAGGGCCUGCCCACGCCCUCUAUUUUGCCUGCUACGAAAAGUUAAAAAAGACAUUGAGUGAUGUAAUCCACCCUGGGGGCAAUAGCCAUAUUGCCAAUGGUGCAGCUGGGUGUGUAGCAACAUUACUUCACGAUGCAGCCAUGAAUCCAGCGGAAGUGGUCAAGCAGAGAAUGCAGAUGUACAACUCGCCAUACCACCGAGUGACAGACUGUGUGCGGGCAGUGUGGCAGAAGGAAGGGGCCGGAGCCUUUUACCGCAGCUACACCACCCAGCUAGCCAUGAAUGUUCCCUUCCAAGCCAUUCACUUCAUGACCUAUGAAUUCCUGCAGGAGCACUUUAACCCCCAGAGACGGUACAACCCCAGCUCCCACGUCCUCUCUGGAGCCUGUGCGGGAGCUGUAGCUGCCGCUGCCACAACCCCGCUGGACGUUUGCAAGACACUGCUCAACACCCAGGAAUCCCUGGCUUUGAACUCAAACUUUACAGGACACAUCACAGGCAUGGCUAGUGCCUUCAGGACGGUGUAUCAAGUAGGUGGAGUGACCGCCUACUUCCGAGGGGUGCAGGCUAGAGUCAUUUACCAGAUCCCCUCCACAGCCAUCGCAUGGUCUGUGUAUGAGUUCUUCAAAUACCUGAUCACUAAACGGCAAGAAGAGUGGAGAGCGGGCAAGUGAAGUGGCACUGAACGGGGCCAGGGGCCAGGGGCCCGGCGACGCCGCAGCCACCGCUCUAGCACGUCCUCGGUCUCCAGCGUGCUCCGGCCUCGCCUGGAGGCCGAAGGAAGGGGGAGGGAUCUGCCCAGGCUGUUGGUGUUUUCACACCGGUUCCUGCCAGCCUCCGUGGCUGCCACCUUUCCUUCCAGGCCCUAAGCAAGUGCAGCAAAGCACAGCGCGGCACCUGUGAGGGCCUCUCUCCAUCCUGGGUCUGGUGACCUGCUCUAGACUGUUACAGAGGGAUAAGCAGCUCAUUGCCCUGGUUCCUAAUAAAAAGUCUUUAAAUUAAGUGG